AUGACGUCGUUUUUCAAUGAUUUGGAGAUGCUGGCGCAUAUUUCAUGUGAGAUAAGUGAACGUGAUCGUCUUCUAACAGAGAAAGCAAAAUCCAAAUGCAGCAAGUCUGACUCUGAUCAAGAAGAAAGCAAGAAUAUUGUCUUUCCAAAAGAAACAAGGUCGUCUUUGGUGGAGAAGCAUGUGACUAGAGAUACUAGUAAGACGAGAAACCGCCCUAGGAAAUAUGAAGAUCAACAACGCACAGACAAAAGUAGAUCCAUGACUGUGUCUGAAGAUAGUGAGGAUCAUCUCCCACAAAAACGAAGGUCUUCACUUGAUAAUUUUUUUAGGAGAACAUACACACAUCUUACGGUUUCUACUUCUCCAUUGUUCCUCAACACAGAUGAGUCGGAUAAUACGGUGAGUAAAUGCUGUAUAAACCCUAACUCCCAAUCUUCUUCGUGUCUAAUGGAGAACAGGAAGCGCAAGAAGCGUGCCGUGCCAGAGAGUGUUAGAUCCAAGAAAGCAAAGGUUGCUUCUUUCCCACGUCAGGAUAGAGAGACGCCAAAGUGGCUAUUCGAGGUGAUGAGAGAGAUGGAGGGAGCAGAAGGCCCGAUCAGGCUGAUCUAUGAGAAGAUUUUGACCGCCUCUGACGUCAAGUCAAGUGAGAGCCGUCUCUUAAUACCUUUCAAGAAGUUACUCAGAAACGACUUCUUGACUCCGGCAGAGUCUCAAGCCGUAGGGAACGUUGGUGUCGAAACGAUUCUCGUGAACCAAUGGUUCAAGGAGUGGAGUUUACGUUGCAAGAUAUGGGUGAUGAAGAAGAAAGGCUCUGGUAAAAGAACCUUGAACUACGCUUUGAAUGGGGGUUGGAACGCCGUUGUCAAGGGUAACGAAUUAAAAGCCAAAGACAAGAUUAGUCUUUGGACUUUUAGGUGCCGUGGAGUUCUCUGCUUUGCACUUGACACAAAGUAG